AUGGUGCAACCCAACCACCCGACCACCGAGUGGACCAGUCUACAGGACAUCUUCUACCGACGAACAGAGCUAUACGCACUCAACUGGGGCAUCGAUAAUCUUGCAGACUACGUCGUCACAGCAGCCAGCAAUGCCGGUCUCGUCGCUCUCAUCCGCGAUCCAACGCGUCUUGUCUCGCUGGGCAAAGCCUCGCUGCUGAAACCAAAGAUUCUCGUCUACACCGCAGCUGGCCAGCUCAUCGAGAGCAUCCCAUGGGACCCUUCCCUCCGCAUCGUCGCCCUCGACUUCAACGCAUUGGAGCAGCUCGUGGUCGUGCUCGAAGAGGGCAAUGUCCGUCUCUAUACCCUUCUCUCCCCAUGUCCAGCUCCCGCAGACCCAACCUCCAGCACUUCCACUUCACGUAAUCGCCCAGCGCCUGUCGAAGCAACUUCCACCUCGUACUACACACAGCACUCACUCGGUACGGAGGCCACAGAGACCGGCGUCAUCGAUGCUCGAGUCUGGGCAGGAGGCCUUGUAGCGCUGGUAGGAGCAAAGCGGUUCGUAGAAUGGCGCUUUCCUGGUCUUGAUGUGGAUGCAGAGGCCGGCGAGUAUGCUGGUGCCGUCAGUCUCAGCGGUGGAGGCGAAUUUGGCUUUGUCCUUCCUUCCUUUGACGACGAAGCCGUGCAGUCGCCCACACCCGAGCUUCUGCCGCCUUACGACGCGUCGGCAUCCUAUUCCAGCGAUGCCUCUUCGCUGCCUACGUCCUGGGCAGUGGUUCCUCCAAGCGUCUCGCAAUCAGGACGUACGACUGUGCUCAUCGCGCAAGGCCCCACGUUACUCUCCCUAACGCGCUCUGCGGCAGGACCCUCUUCCAUCGACACAGCGUGCCAGGAUAUGCGCUUAUCCCGCGGACCUUUUCACGUCAUUCGUCCCUCUCCCAAUGGCAAGCUGCUUGCCCUCAUGACCGCGGAUCUCGUCCUAUGGGUCGUCAGCUCCGAUUUUUCGCGCAGCCUCAGCGAGUUCGACAUUCGAGCAAGUGAAGCGUAUCAGGAUGCAUCGUCCAUCGACAACUCAUUCAGCUCCACGGAUCUGGGACCAACUUCCUCGGCAUCGUCAAGCGGCAAAGGAGGCAUCGGUGGCAGUGGGAUACGCGAGGUUCAAUGGUGCGGCAACAACACCAUAGCUCUCGCAUUCAACGACGAAGUCGUCAUGGUCGGUCCGUUUGGCGACUCGAUUCGCUAUCCGUACGCAGGCCCCACUCACUUGGUCGGCGAGGUCGACGGACUCCGCAUCAUCGCUUCCGAUCGACACGAAUUUCUCCAAAAGGUCUCGGACGUUUCCAGCCGCGUCUUCCGCCCCGGUUCCAACGAUCCUGCUGCUCUGCUCUUCGAAGCCGCUGAGCAGUUCAGUGCAAAGAGCAGUCGCGCAGACGAAGGCAUUCGUGCCAUCCGCAGCAGUCUCCCGGACGCUGUCGACUGCUGUCUCCGUGCUGCUGCCUACGAAUGGGAUCUCACAUGGCAGAAGCGUCUCCUCAAAGCAGCUUCUUUUGGAAAGAGCUUUAUCGAUCUGUACGAUCCCACCGCCUACAUCGACAUGGCCAGGACGCUGCGCGUGCUCAAUUCAGCUCGCAAUUACCAGAUCGGCAUCCCCAUCUCGUAUGAGCAGUACGUCGCUGCAGGCCCCACUGCUCUUUUGUCGCGGCUGACCGCACAGAACCACCACUUUUUGUCGCUUAAGAUCGCACGCUACCUUCACAUACGACCCGACCCAAUUCUGAAACAUUGGGCGAGAGCCAAGAUUGCUCGCACGAGACCCGCGCUUGGAGGCCCCGCAUCAGCCAUCUCGGCAGCCGAGGAGCGUCUUUGCGCCGACAUUGUGCAAAAAUUCCGGAUCGCCACGACGCUCAAUGAGCGGAUCGGCGAGCUGGGUGGUUCUGACGAUGAUGCUCUGGCAGCUGGCGCAUUCGGCGAUGCGCACGAGGCAGACACUCUCCAGAAGAGCACCCGCUCCGUCUCGGGCGACCGAGGCGCCUCGGUCAGCUUUGCAGAGGUCGCUUGGACAGCUUGGAAGGCCGGGCGCGCCAAUCUUGCUACGCGCUUGCUUGACCACGAAGCUCGCGCCAUCGACCAGGUUCCGCUGUUGCUCAACAUGCGUGAGGACAAGUUGGCACUGGUCAAAGCGAUCGAAUCUGGCGACACGGACCUCAUCUAUCAUGUACUGCUGCGACUCAAGAAGCAGCUCUCCCGGGGCGACUUUUUCCGCAUUGUUCAGGCGCCUGUCUCGGAUGCCGCAGUGUCCGCCCCGGGACAAAACACACAACGCAGCGCGUCCAAGCUGGCAUCGAAUCGGCAGUACUUGUCGCUGGCGUCGAACUUGCUAGAGGCAUAUGCCAAGGAGGUGGAUCGCGAUCUGCUAAAGGACUUUUACUACCAGGACGAUCGCAGAACUGACUCGGCCAUCUUGGCUCUGCAGGAAGCCAAUGCAAUCCAGAACGCCACGGAGAGCGAGCUGCCGGACAAGAUUUUCAAGCUCAAGACUGGCAUGAAGUUCUUCAGCGAAGACAAGGAGAGGGUGUUGGAGGCCAAGCUGGUGGAUGAGCAGAUCCGGUUGCUCGCCUUCCAGCAAGCAUUGGAAAAGGAGGAUGGCCACCGCAGUCAGUUCACAGGCUUGUCGCUCAACGAGACGAUCCGACAGCUGCUCUUCCGCAACAUGAGCAAAAAGGCAGAGAAGCUGCGAUCUGAUUUCAAAGUGCCGGACAAACGAUACUGGAACAUCAAGCUCGACACGUUGGUGCAGAGCAACGACUGGGACGGACUGUGGGCCUUUGCCAACUCGAAGCGCUCGCCGAUCGGCUACACGCCGUUCAUCGUCAAGCUUGUGGAGCACAACCACGUGCAGGAGUCGAUGCGCUUCGUGCCUAAGAUUCAGGACAAGGCGGACCGCAACGCCUUCAACGGCUAUCUGGCUCGGCUUCCGAACCAGACGGUGGCCAACCAGCUGUCGGACCGCUUCAAUGAAUGA